UUUCUUUUAGAGCAAAUGUGGGAAGGAUGAAAACCGCCCUGUGUCAUACUUACAUGUUACUCAUUAACUACUGAAAAAAAAAAAGCGCCUCAGCUACUUUAGGAGUCAUGUGAAGAAGGAGCUAGGGCUUCCUGCAAUGCAAGAACUGAGCAAAGUUACAGCGCAGAUUUUCACAGUGGGGAGAUUCAGAAAUGAGCCUUUGAGCUUCUUGCUUGAUUUGGCGAUCAGCAAGUGCACAAUGGGGAAGAAACGGCUAUCUUCCAGCGACACAGUGUUCCGGUUUGAGAUUCCAGGCAGCCCACGGAAGGCCCUCACCGAGGCCCAGCACAGCUCCACCGACAGCCCCAGCUCAGUCUUUCUCAGCUCAGAGGCUGAGAAUGGCGUGGAGGAGAAGAAGAAGGUGUGCAGGUCACCGACAGCCCAGUCCCCCACCCCGUCCAGCGAGGCCGAGUCCCCAGACCAGAAGAAACUCAUCUGCCUCCGGUCAAAAUCCAGUUUUGAUGGUGUCUCUUUAGCAAGUGAUAAGAACGACUGUAAAACAGAAAGCAAAAAUGACUCUAAGACUGAAAGGAAAAAAUCUUCGUCUUCCAGCCAGUACAAGGCAAAUAUGCACUUCCACAAGCUAUUUAUUGAUGUCCCAACUGAGGAACCCCUGAGGCAAAGUUUUACCUGUGCUCUACAAAAAGAGAUAUUAUACCAGGGGAAGCUCUUUGUAUCAGAAAACUGGAUUUGUUUUCAUUCCAAAGUCUUUGGAAAAGACACUAAGUUCACUCAGGCCACCAGAAUUCGGAAUCGGAGAGACACCUUCUUGGGUUUGCAUGACCUCCGUGAGUUUUCAAGCAUUCUGAUUCAUGAUCAUGAGCUGGGGUUUACGAAGGCCUGCCUACCUAACAAGGGGAAAUUGGCCUGUCUUCAUUUCAUUAUUUCCCUUCAGGAUUUCAACGACGAAUUCUCAGAUCUGGAUGGCGUGGUUCAACAAGGAAGGCAAGACCUGGAAGGAUACAGCAGUUCAGGCUCUCAGACUCCCGAAUCCGAGAACUCGAGAGGUCUGGGAAACUUUUUUGUCUUGACGAAAAUUUAAUUCUCCAUAAAACAUCUUUAUCCCAUCCCUAAAAACAAAACAAGGAAAAAACUUGUCAUCCUAGUUAACAAUUGGAAAGGGAAUAUGGGGAAAGGAUAGUUUGAAAGUUCCAAAAAACGGAAUCGCCUAUGUGGUAAAAAUCCAUUUCCACUUAAACACGUUUAAUAAAUGUCUCUUAAAUCGACAUAAUACUGGGUUGGUUGAAAGAGAGAAACAUCUGUUUUCUUAAGCCCUUCUCUCAAUAAUAUUAUUAAUUGUUAUAGCUGGCUCCUCCCCAUGAGUCAGUGGGAUAAGGACAAUCCCCAACCGCUCAACCAACUUAUGAGAAAAUCCAAGUAUGUUCUUGGUCGUUAUGCAUGUUAAGAGAUUGAUUUGCUUUUGUGGUUGAUCCUUUGUGUUU